AUCCUCGGGCUAAACGCGGCCCGUAGUCAAAAUGGCGGCGUGGGCGUCAGCCACCUCCUGCCCUUUUCCAUCAUGGCGGCGGCCUGACCCGCCUCCCCAGGCGCUGGAGUCAUAUGACCCACACAAUGGCUGUGAGCCCACGGGAGGCUUCCCGGCAACGCCGAAUCCAAGACAUGACAGCCGCCGCGGGUUCGGCGGGCCGCGCCGCGGUGCCUCUGCUGCUGUGCGCGCUGCUGGCGCCCGGCGGCGCGUACGUGCUGGACGACUCCGACGGGCUGGGCCUGGAGUUCGACGGCAUCGGCGCGAUCAGCGGCGGCGGGGCAACCUCCCGAUUUUUAGUCAGUUACCCAGAGCCCUUUCGUUCUGAAAUAUUGGAUUAUCUCUUUAAGCCAAAUUUUGGUGCCUCUUUGCAUAUUCUGAAAGUGGAAAUAGGCGGUGAUGGGCAAACAACAGAUGGAACUGAGCCCUCUCACAUGCACUACACAUUAGAUGAGAAUUAUUUUCGAGGCUAUGAGUGGUGGUUAAUGAAGGAAGCUAAGAAGAGGAACCCUGAUAUUAUACUUAUGGGAUUGCCAUGGUCAUUCCCUGGAUGGCUGGGCAAAGGCUUAAACUGGCCUUACAAAAAUAUUCAGCUGACUGCCUACUAUAUCGUGAGCUGGAUUGUGGGUGCCAAGCGUUACCAUAAUUUAGACAUUGAUUAUAUUGGAAUUUGGAAUGAAAGGUCAUUUGAUGUCAAUUAUAUCAAGGUAUUAAGAAGGAUGCUGAACUACCAGGGUUUCCAGCAAGUGAAAAUCAUAGCAAGUGAUAAUCUUUGGGAGCCUAUUUCUUCUUCUAUGCUGUUUGACCCUGAACUCUUGAAGGUGAUUGAUGUAAUAGGGGCUCAUUAUCCUGGAACCCUUUCAGCACACAAUGCACAGUUGACUGGGAAGAAACUUUGGUCUUCUGAAGAUUUUAGUACAUUAAACAGUGAUGUGGGCGCAGGCUGUUGGGCUCGAAUAUUAAAUCAGAAUUAUAUUAAUGGCUAUAUGACUUCGACAAUCGCUUGGAAUUUGGUGGCUAGUUACUAUGAGGAAUUGCCUUAUGGCCGAUGUGGACUGAUGACUGCCCAGGAGCCGUGGAGUGGGCACUAUGUAGUGGAAUCUCCCAUUUGGGUGUCAGCACAUACAUCUCAGUUUACUCAACCAGGUUGGUACUACUUGAAGACAGUUGGCCAUUUAAAAGAAGGAGGAAGCUAUGUAGCUCUGACUGAUGGCUUAGGUAACCUCACCAUCAUCAUUGAAACUAUGAGUCACAAACAUUCUAUGUGUAUCCGGCCAUUUCUUCCCUAUUACAAUGUAUCACAACAAUUGGCUACCUUUUUUCUUCAGGGAACUCUUAGUGAUAUACCAGAGCUACAGGUGUGGUAUACUAAGCUUGGAAUACCAUCUGAGAGAUUCCUUUUUAAACGACUGGAUUCUAUAUGGCUCCUUGACAGUGGUGGCACUUUCACAUUGGAACUGCAAGAGGAUGAGAUAUUCACGCUCACCACUCUCACCACAGGUCGGAAAGGCCAGUUCCCAUUUCCUCCCAAAUCCCGGCCCUUCCCAUCUAUCUAUGAUGAUGAUUUCAAUGUUGAGUACCCAUUUUUUAGUGAAGCUCCAUUUUUUGCUGAUCAGACGGGUAUAUUUGAAUACUACAUGAACACUGAAGACCCAGGAGAGCAUCAGUUCACUCUACGACAAGUUCUCAAUCAACGCCCGAUUACUUGGGCUGCUGAUGCUUUCAGUCCAAUCAGCAUUAUAGGAGAUUACCAAUGGACCAAUCUCACUAUUGAGUGUGAUGUUUACAUAGAGACUCCAGAGAAGGGAGGUGUAUUCAUUGCAGGAAGAGUAAACAAAGGUGGUAUUUUGGUCAGAAGUGCCACAGGAGUUUUCUUCUGGAUUUUUGCAAGUGGAUUUUACAGACUUACAGCUGAUCUAGCUGGGUGGAUGAUGUAUACUUCAGGACAUGCUGAAAUUAGAGCACAAGAAUGGUAUACACUCACCUUAAUAAUUAAGGGUCCUCUUUCCUCUGGCAUGUUGAAUGGCCAAUUUUUGUGGAAAAAUGUCCCGGUACAUUACCCAAGGAAUGGCUGGGCAGCGAUUGGAACUCACUCCUUUGAAUUUGCACAGUUUGACAACUUUCAUGUGGAAGCUGAACAUUAGUUCAUACAGAGCAUGAUUUGGAUUUUGGAUUUUCUUCUUUUUGAUUUUGGUUCCAGAGCUAAUCAUUGUUUCGGUGGACCAACGUGUAAGCCCUUUGAGGCUAAACUGAUGGAGACUAAGUGGGGAGAGAGAUACAAAUUUUUGCUUGAUCUGGUGAAAAUUUUUUAUUAGAAAUAAUUCCAACAGGAAUGUAAGCAAAUCUUCGGCAUUUUCUGAUGGUUCAGAUCAUGAAGCCUUGGUGCUGAUACUGAGGCAGCUCUCUUCAUCUCAUUUUCAAGUGAUCAUCCAGAUGGCCAGGACUCUGUAACCACGGAGAUAUAUUGGAGUGCCAAUCAUAUGUACAAGUAUGCUGAUCAUCAUAAGAUGACGCUCUGUGAAAGAAGCUGAAGGCCACUUGAGCAUGCGGUCGUCACUCCCAGAAGUACUUCUUUCUCUGUCUUCUUUGGAAAGGAGAUACUUUGGAAUUGCAGAAUAUGAUGAGUGGGAUGAUUU